AUGAAUUUAAUUCAAUUGAAAGCGCACUACGGUUUGCGUCGCGCGCGUAAUGCGGAAAAAGCUAUGACAACACUGGCUCGUUGGCGAGCGGCAAAAGAAACCGAAACGGGAAAACAGGAACGCCGUCCGUACCUAGCGUCUGAAUGUCGCGAUUUGGGACAAUGCGAAAAGUGGCGCUUGGAAAUCAUUCGAGAAAUAUCGAAGAAGGUAGCACAAAUUCAAAAUGCCGGUUUGGGUGAAUUUCGCAUCCGUGAUUUAAACGACGAAAUUAACAAACUGCUUCGUGAGAAACGUCACUGGGAGAAUCAGAUAUCCGAUCUCGGUGGGCCACAUUACCGUCGCUAUGGGCCGCGGAUGUUUGAUGCAGAGGGACGCGAAGUGCCCGGUAAUCGAGGAUACAAAUAUUUCGGUGCCGCCAAAGAUCUUCCCGGGGUGCGAGAACUAUUCGAACAGGAACCACCACCACCACCGAAGAAAACUCGUGCCGAAUUGAUGAAAGACAUCGAUGCAGAUUACUACGGCUAUCGUGAUGAUGAUGAUGGUAUCCUGCUACCGCUGGAAGAAAAGGCAGAAAAGCUUGCAAUUCAGCGUGCAGUGGAAGAGUGGAAUAGUGCGAAAGGUUCGCAAAAGUCAGCAGAAAAAGAGGACGAUGAGCCGGAUAUUUACGGAUCCGAUGCGUACAUUACACGCGAUCCGGAAAAGCAAGCAAAGGAAGAUCCGAUGGGAUUGUUAGGGCCACGGUUUACAGCUCACGUGCCCGUCCCAAGCCAGAAAGAUAUUGAAGCUGCCCUGUUGAAGAAGCGAAAACAAGAGCUGAUGAAAAAGUACGGAAUUGAGGAGGAUGAAUAA